AUGAUGGCACCCAGGAAGGGGUCUGACAAGCAGGCGGUGCUGAAGCUCAGUGACGUCCAUCACGCAGAUGUUACCGCAAAGGAGUGGGUCUACGGAAGCAAGAUGGGCAAAGGCCACAACAACAUUGUGAGCUAUGAGGACGUCUUCCUCUACGGGGAUGACAAUGGUGUCCUGAAGAAGUGCUUGCUCGAUGGCUAUGCUGCAGGAAAGUUGAAGUCGGAUAUUCAGCGGAAGAGCUUUCCGACCCACUACGUGUGCAUGACCAUCGAGAAGAUGAACUGCGGAAGCGUCCAGCAUUGGCUGGACAAAGAGAUGCUGAGCCCUGAAGGGAUGAUUGUUAUCCUGCAAGAAGUCGCGGGAGCGCUGGCCUACAUGCACGAGAAUGGCAUCACGCACAAUGACAUGAAGCCAGAGAACAUCUUCUUGCACAGCAAAGGGCGCUACAUCAACUCCAAGCUUGGGGACCUGGGCUUGGCGCAGAAGUCUAAGAAGACAUCCAGUGAUGUUACACGUUAUGGCAUGACUCUUUUCUCCAUGGCCACAGGCCGUGGCUUUCUAUGGCUUCGUCUUAUUUGA